CAUUCGAGAAGGUAACAUUACAGCGAAGAAUCACGCAAGUAACUCAACUGGGGAUUAUCCAUGUUUAAACUAUCCGUCUACUGACCAUUUCAUUGAUUUGCAGCUCAUAGGCAUAGCUCAGGAAGGAGAAUAUGGCAAUGUUCCUUCAAAUUUUAAGAACUUUUUUUAGCUCAGUUGUGUUUGUACUGCUGAUUUUCAUGGCCAUGUUAGCAACUGAAGUUAAAGCACAAGAAGGGCAACUUCCUAAUGCUGAAGUGGAAGCUUUACAAGAAGUGGCAACACAAUUGGGGAAAAAAGACUGGAACUUUAACGUAGAUUUUUGCAGUAACGAUACAAGUUGGGCCACACCAAAUUCAGACCGAAGUGCAUCAAAUGGAGUGAUUUGCAAUUGUUCUUUCCCUGAUGGAGAAUGCCAUGUAGUGAGCAUAAGGCUUGAUAGACAAGAUCUUGCUGGUGUGCUGCCUCCUGCUAUUGCGAAACUACCUAACCUUACUAACCUUUCUCUUGAUCGGAACUACCUCAGCGGUAAUAUACCAAGUGAAUGGGCUUCUAUGAAGUUGGAAAUCCUGAAAGUUUCUGCUAACCGAUUAACAGGACAAAUCCCAGGCUAUUUGGGAAACAUUGUGACACUUAGAAUCUUGAGCCUCGAGACAAAUAUGUUUUCAGGAACUGUUCCCCCUGAGCUUGGAAACUUGGUUAACUUGGAGAUUCUCGUUCUUAGCGCAAACAAUCUGACUGGAACAUUACCGGUGGCUCUCACAAAUUUGACAAAGCUAACUGAGCUUAGGAUUAGCAGCAACAACUUCAUUGGAAAAUUGCCUAAUUAUUUUCAAAGCUGGAAAAAUCUUCAGAAACUAGAAAUCCAAGCUAGUGGUCUUGAAGGGCCCAUUCCUUCUAGCAUUUCUGCUUUGAAUAAUUUAACUGAACUAAGGAUUAGUGACUUACAAGGAGAAGGUUCAGAGUUUCCGCAGUUAGAAAACUUGACAGGGAUGAAUAAGUUGAUGUUGAGGAAUUGUAAUAUAUCCGGAUCUAUCCCACCAUUUUUUGCAGCAAUGCCAAAUUUGAAAAUUUUAGAUCUCAGUUUCAACAGAUUGGGGGGAAGUCUUUUGGCAGAUCUUGAAGGUCUAACGAAAAUGGAGAAUGUGUAUCUAACAAGCAACUUGCUUUCUGGAUCCAUCCCUGAUUGGCUGACAAAUGGAGAUACUCGUGCUGAAAUAGAUAUUUCUCACAAUAAUUUUACUGAAAGCUCUUUGCCAUCUACUUGUCGAGAUACACUGAAUUUGUUCAAAAGCACCUCAGGAGUCAACGACUCAAAACCUGCUGAAUGUCUGAAAAACUAUGUUUGUUCCAAAGACAGAUAUUCAUUGCAUAUAAAUUGUGGUGGAGGUGCAACUAAAAUUGGAAGCAUCACCUAUGAAGCGGAUGAAGAGCCAACAGCUGCAGCAAAAUAUGUUCCAAUUAGGGAGAGUUGGGAAAUUAGUAGUACUGGACAUUUCUGGGAUAAAAACAGAUCCUCAAGCGACUACACAGCCCAAAAUUCAUCCAUCCUCAGGAUGGAGGAUUCUGAAUUGUAUAUGAGAGCACGUGUUUCCCCUCUCUCUCUUUCAUACUAUGCACGUUGCUUAGCAAAUGGAAAUUACAGUGUGAAGCUUCAUUUUGCUGAGAUAGUAAUGAGGGAUAACAGAUCCUUCUACAGUCUUGGGAGACGGAUAUUUGAUGUUUAUAUCCAGGAAGAUCUCGUGUUGAAGGAUUUUGAUAUUGCAAAGGAAGCAAAAGGGGUAGAUAAGGUGAUCAUUCGGGAUUUUAGAGCAGUUGUUAAGGAUGGAACUUUAGAGAUCCGCUUUCAUUGGGCUGGGAAAGGGACAACAGCUAUCCCAAGGAGAGGAACAUAUGGUUCUCUCAUAUCUGCAAUUGAUGUAGAAUCUGAAUUCAAACCUCCCAUUUCCAGUGAAGACAAAAGGAAGAAACUCAUUGUGGCUGGAGCUGUUGUUUUGCCAUUGUUCCUCAUUCUCAUUAUUACUGGCACUCUUUGGUGGAAAGGUUAUUUGGGAGGCAGGGCAGUCAAAGAACAAGAACUAUUAGGUUUAGAUCUGCAUACUGGUGUUUUCACCUACAGACAAAUUAAAGCUGCUACUAACAACUUCAAUCCAACUAACAAGCUUGGAGCUGGUGGAUUUGGAACAGUUUACAAGGGAACACUAUCAGAUGGUACUCUAAUUGCUGUUAAGCAGCUCUCUUCUAGAUCAAAGCAGGGAAAUCGAGAAUUCUUAAAUGAAAUAGGCAUGAUUUCUGUUUUACAACACCCAAAUCUUGUCAGGUUGUAUGGAUGUUGUGUUGAAGGGAAUCAAUUAUUAUUGGUCUAUGAAUACAUGGAAAACAAUAGCCUGGAACAUGCAUUAUUUGAAAGAGAGUCUAAAUUGGACUGGCCUACUAGGCAAAGGAUUUGUAUUGGCAUUGCAAAAGGUCUGGCUUUCCUGCAUGAAGAAUCUGCAUUGAAAAUUGUUCAUAGAGACAUCAAAACUGCUAAUAUACUGCUUGAUGGAGAGCUAAAUGCUAAGAUUUCUGAUUUUGGUUUGGCCAAGCUUGAUGAAGAUGAGAACACACACAUCAGCACCAGAGUUGCUGGAACUAUAGGGUACAUGGCACCGGAAUAUGCAUUAUGGGGUUACUUAACUCAGAAGGCAGAUGUUUACAGUUUUGGGGUU